ACUGCGGGUCGGGAUAUAACUCUGUGACAAGACAUUCAAAUAUCUUGUUUAAGGAAUAAAUUUCUUGGAAAAGAGUUGUUUUCAUUUUCUGCAGGAGUAACAUGAAAUGCAGUUUUAUCCCUGUGCUUUUGGAGAGAAUAAACUGAUGAAAUGGCAUGUUCACUGAUUGCUGUGGGUAUUUUAGUGGUUUUGAUGCAGUUUCCUACUGGAAAAGCUGAGCCUUAUUUUGAGGAAGAGAAGAGGUCUUGUCAAGGUGCUUUCGACUUAUAUUUUGUCCUCGACAAGUCAGGAAGUGUCAAAAACCACUGGAUUGAAAUUUACUCCUUUGUGGAGCAUCUUGCAGAGAAAUUUAUAAGCCCAAUGUUACGGAUGUCCUUCAUUGUGUUCUCAACUCACGGAACAACAGUUAUGAAACUCACAGAGAACAGAAAUGAAAUUACGAGAGGCUUAAAUGUUUUGAAGAGAGAAAUACCAGGAGGUGAUACAUAUAUGAAUCUCGGAUUGAAACAGGCAAAUGAGCAGAUAUAUCACGGAAAUUAUGGGACAGCCAGUGUGAUCAUAGCACUGACGGAUGGGGAGUUAAAUGACUAUCAGUUUGUCACAGCACAGCAAGAGGCGCAGAGAGCUCGGUCUUUGGGAGCUAUCGUAUACUGUGUGGGUGUAAAAGACUUCAACCAGACACAGCUGGCCACAAUUGCAGACACCAUAGCGCAUGUGUUCCCUGUAAUUGGAGGAUUCCAGGCCCUUGAAGGAAUGAUAGACUCUAUCAUCAAGAAAUCCUGCAUUGAGAUUUUAGCAGCCGAGCCGUCCAGUGUAUGCGCUGGAGACUCUUUCCAAGUGGUUGUGAGGGGAAAUGGAUUUUUGCAUGCCAGAAACAUCAAUCAGGUCCUGUGCAGCUUCAGAGUGAAUGACACAGCUACACUGAAUGAAAGACCUGUCAGUGUUGAAGAUACGCUCCUUCUUUGCCCUGCACCAAUCUUAAAUGAGGCUGGAAAGGUGAUAUAUCUGCAGGUUAGCAUGAAUGAGGGUUUGUCCUACAUCACAAGCUCAGUGCACAUCACCACUACUGAAUGUUAUGAUGGAACCAUCCUGCUCAUCUCGUUACUGGCUGUUUUCCUAUUGCUGGGUCUGGUGCUGAUGUGGUGGUUCUGGCCUCUGUGCUGUACAGUGGUCAUCAAGGAAGUGCCUCCACCCCCUCCCCCUGAGCCUGAACCCGAUGAUGAAGAUGGCAUGCCCAAAAAGAAAUGGCCUACAGUAGAUGCAUCCUACUAUGGAGGAAGAGGAGUCGGUGGAAUCAAAAGAAUGGAGGUGCGUUGGGGGGACAAGGGCUCCACGGAGGAAGGAGCUAAACUGGAGAAGCCAAAGAAUGCUGUAGUGAAAAUGCCUGAAGAUGAAUAUGAGCCUUAUGAACCUAAACUCAGAAAUUUGUAUGGGCGCAGACCUGCCCAUCAUAGAAAGUGGUACAGUCCUAUUCAGGGGAAACUGGAUGCUUUGUGGGCCCUUUUCCGUCGAGGAUAUGACCAGGUGUCACUCAUGAGACCUCAGCCCGGAGAUCAGGGGCGAUGCAUCAAUUUUACCCGGGUGAAAGCAGAGGAGCCAAGGUCACCGCCACGCAGCAACUGUCCACUUCCACCUCUACCGCCCCCUCCAGACCAUCAGCCACUCAUGCGACCUCCGCCCAAAAGACCACCAUCCCGGGGACCCUCCAUCAACCGCUCACCCCCAGGACCUUCAACAGCCCGGGCACCCCCAGGUCCCCGCGGACCCCCUCCUUCGCGACCCCCACCCUGCCCUGGGAAUAGGCAUUGAGAACAAUGGAGGGCCUUCACAGCUACCCUAAAAUCUCAGUCUUAAUUCAAAUUAGUGAUAUUUGCCAAAGCCACUGGUUUCCCACAGUUUCAGAUUGAUGAGUUUGUUUAUUUGGAGUGAAUGAAAUGAGUGAUUUGUUCUUAUUAUAAAUAGAGGCACCGAAAGAGGGACUGCAGUAAUGCAUGAAAUUAUUACACGUGCAAAUUAAUGAUUUUUAAGGCACUUAAAGGGUUAGUUCACCCAAAAAUGAAAAUUAGGCUGCGUUUUA